CGUCCUGGAUGUGCUGCUUUUGUUUCCAACAGCGCAAGCGCACCGCCCGCGCUCAUGACCAUUCUACCCACCAGGGCUAGGACUCUUGUUGAAGGUGAUAGGAGGCCCAUCGCAAGUCGAAGACUCGAACGGGCUGUCGUACUUCGGCACGUCGACGCGCAGUUGCUUCUUAUCAGACGCGUGGCUCUAGCCUCAAGGAACAAUGGCGGAGGCACUGUUGCAAUACAUUCAUCAUGAGCGCCAGGAGCCAGGCUCGAUGCUCUGCGCUCAGCACUGUCUCAACGCCUUGCUACAGCGCAACAUCUACGAUGCCGCCCAGCUAGCCGACAUUGCCACCCAGCUCGAUUCUCUGGAGGCUGCACAGCUGGACAUGAACGAAUUCGCGCAUAGACGGAAUGAUCAAUCCAACCUCAAUAUGGACGACUCUGGCUUCUUUUCUGUAGGCGUUGUGGAAGCUGCGCUACAAGCUUGGAGCUUGAAGAUGGUCCGAUGGCGCAGCGCCGAGAUGGUACCAUUCCAUUCAAAUCCAGAGACGUCGCAGCUAGCGUUCGUUCUGAACUUUGAGUCGCACUGGUUCACCAUCAGGAGCUUUGGCCCACGCGCAAAAUACUGGUUCAAUCUCAACUCUUUCUUCAAGAAGCCGCAGUAUGUCGGCAACUUCUACCUAAGCGAGCUGCUGCGUGCGGCCGAGAACGAGCGAUAUUCCGUAUUUGCUAUCCGACCAGCCGACGACUCGGUCGGCGAACAAUCUUUUUACGUAUCGCAGGCUGACGAAGUGGCGGACGCCAUCCCGCCGGAGAUGGCAUCUUCCUCCAAACCUUCUGGCGAUCCCUCCGCACAAGGUCUGCACCCCGCUACCGAGCAGAUCGACUUAACUGGCGACGACGACGAUGCGGAACUGCAGGCCGCCUUGCAGGCUUCUCUGCGGGACAUACCUGCAGAUUCCGAGGAGAGUACCAGCGCAACCAGAGCCCGGCAACAUAAUUCUGCUGUUGAUGCUUCAAGGACCAGCGCUUUGCGGACAUCUGCAUCUUCAUCACGCUCAGGCUCACGCUCAGGUACCGCCUCUCCGCAUACACCAGCAAACCGAGCUGGGCAACCCAGCGCUAGUGGCGGGCGGCGGAGAAAGGCUCACCGAGGAGACGCAGCAGGAGAAGAUGCAAUGCGAGGAUCAAAUGCAGUUGCGCCGAACAGUAGCAUCAGCCGACUACCUCGACGAGGGCAGAACAGCUUCCUGACACACUCCACAAGUAGCACUGGCACAUUGGGCAUUCCGAACGCCUUGGAAGUAGACGAGAAUAUUGGAGACGGCACGUUCCAGGUCAUUGCGUCCUCUUCACGCCGCUCGCCGUUUUUACAUCCCGCGCUACGUGGGACGAUUGAGGGUGCCGAAGCCGAUGACGAAGAGGUGGACCUUCUGCACUCUUCGAGUGCCCCAUCGCGUCCGCCCAUGCGGCAUGCUGUAGCACCAGUGAUCGACGUCGAUGCAUUCGACGACGACAACGAUUUAGAUGAGCUUCUCCCAGGUGACAACGCCUCGAUCGAUCCAUUCAAAAUCCGCGGGGCGCCGGAAGCAAGUGCACUGAUUGGCCCGGCGCGCGACAGGGUCUACGACGACGAGGAUGCCGCGUUGCAAGCUGCGCUGGCGGCCAGCAUGGGCGACACGUCCGCGCUCGAGCGGCUGCAGGCUGGUAGGGGCGGUGGCGGCGACAGGGACGUCGCACAUGCCCGUGCGACGGCUGCGGCCGUCAUAGAAGCGUACCACACGCCGGCACCCGACGAUGUUGAGCGCAUCUCGCGCAUGCGUGCUGAGGCGCGGGCCAAGGAGCAGUUAGAGCGCGAGCGGGCGGAGCGUCGUGUGAGAGGCGAGGUGUCACCCGUCAAGGAGAGCGCUUCCACCGCUAAGUGUAAGACCACGGGCGAAGAGGGAGAGGGAGAGAGCGAUGAGGAAGAAGAGGCGGAAGAGGUGGAGCAGAUCAGUCCUGAAGAGAUCCGCAGGCGCAGACUGGCACGAUUCGGCGGUGCUUGAUGGCGAUUAGCUGCAUUUGCAUCAUAAUCCAGAACGUACAGCAGACGCAUGCGGCAUUUGCAAGUGACGACUGCUUGAUUCUGGUCUCUGCAUUCGUUGAAUCAGCAGGUAUCGCUGACGUGGCAACAUUGCAGAGAAUUAGAUAUGACAAGUGUGUACAAGUGUGUACGGCAAAU